AUGGCAGUGGUGGUGCUGGUGGUGCUGAUAGCACUGGUGGUAGUGAUGCUGGCAGUAACAGCAGUUAGUGCCGUGAUGGUGGUGAUGGUGGUAGACGGUUGUGUGGAUGCAGAUGACGUCAUUACCAAAGAGGAGCAGAUCUUCCUGCUGCACCGAGCCCAGGCCCAGUGUGAGGAGCGGCUCCAAGAAGUCCUGCGCAGGCCAGGGCGCCCCUGCCUGCCUGAGUGGGACCACCUCCUGUGCUGGCCGCUGGGGGCGCCGGGCGAGUUGGUGGCGGUGCCCUGUCCCGACUACAUUUACGACUUCAAUCACAAAGGCCACGCCUACCGUCGCUGUGACCGCAAUGGCAGCUGGGAGCUGGUGCCCGGACACGACCGGACGUGGGCCAACUACAGCGAAUGCCUCAAGUUCCUGACCAACGAGACUCGUGAGCGGGAGGUGUUUGACCGCCUGGACAUGAUCUACACGGUGGGCUACUCCGUCUCGCUGGCCUCCCUCACCGGGCUGUGCUCAUCCUGGCCUACUUCAGGUGCGGCCGCUCCGGCUAACACCUUGGGUCUCCUAGGCGGGCUGCCGCGUGGCGUGACCUUCUUCCUCUACUUCCUGGCCACCAACUACUACUGGAUCCUGGUGGAGGGGCUGUACCUGCACAGCCUCAUCUUCAUGGCCUUCUUCUCCGAGAAGAAGUACCUGUGGGGCUUCACAGCCUUUGGCUGGGGUCUGCCCGCCAUCUUCGUGGCUGUGUGGGUCGGGGUGAGAGCCACCCUGGCCAACACCAGGUGCUGGGACUUGAGCUCCGGGUACAAGAAGUGGAUCAUCCAGGUGCCCAUCCUGGCCUCCAUUGUGGUCAACUUCAUUCUCUUCAUCAACAUCGUCCGGGUGCUGGCCACCAAGCUGCGGGAGACCAAUGCCGGCCGGUGCGACACGCGGCAGCAGUACCGGAAGCUGCUCAAGUCCACGCUGGUGCUCAUGCCGCUCUUUGGCGUCCACUACAUCGUCUUCAUGGCCAUGCCCUACACCGAGGUCUCAGGGACACUCUGGCAAGUCCAGAUGCACUACGAAAUGCUCUUCAACUCCUUCCAGGGAUUUUUUGUCGCCAUCAUAUACUGUUUCUGCAACGGCGAGGUCCAGGCUGAGAUCAAGAAGUCAUGGAGCCGCUGGACGCUGGCCCUGGAUUUCAAGCGCAAGGCACGCAGCGGGAGCAGCAGCUACAGCUAUGGUCCGAUGGUGUCUCACACGAGCGUGACCAACAUCGGCUCCCGCGCGGGACUCGGCCUGCCCCUCAGCCCCCGCCUGCUGCCUGCUGCCACCACCAAUGGCCACCCACAGCUGCCUGGUCACACCAAGCCGGGGCCCCCGGCCCUCCAGACCUCACCGCCAGCCACAGCUGCGCCCAAGGACGCCAGCUUCCUCAACGGCUCCUGCUCGGGGCUGGACGAGGAGGCCUCUGCGCCCGAGCGGCCACCCGCCUUGUUGCAGGAGGAGUGGGAGACAGUCAUGUGACUGGGGACCAAGGGUUGGACCUAUGGACAUAAGGGCGGACAGACGGACCAAAAGACGGACAGUCGGUGGUGGCCCACUCAUGACUGAGCUGGGAGGACAAAACAAAAAAA